UAUAAAUACUAAGGUGUUUAUAAAAUAACUAAGCAGCGGUGACCAGUCACGUUACAUUCGCAUACAGAAAAGUUUGACAGUGAAAACACUUAUAAUGUUGGUUUCAAGCAUCCUUGUAAUCUUUCUUUUGAAUUUUGUACAGUGUAAAAAAUUGCUUUUGACUGGUGAUGUGCUCACUAGUUUGAACGUACAACUUCAAGAACUGAUGCAUCUACAAAAAUUAGCCACCUGGGAUUAUGAAACUAACUUAACAGAUUUCAAUCUGGCAAAAAAGCUAGAAAUGGAUGUGAAUUUAGCUAGUUUCCAGAAACAGGCUUCGUACAAUUUAUCCAAAUAUAAAUGGAAGUCUGAAAGAGAUGGCGUGCUACAGAGAGAACGUUUGUUCUACCUUCGGUUAGAGGAGGAGAUACUUCCUCCAAAGAAAUACAAACGAUUGAAAGAGAUUAUGAGUAAGAUGAUACAUAUCUAUUCAACAGCCAAAAUUUGUGAUUACAGUUACCCUACUAAGUGCGAUCUAGCACUUCUGCCUGAUAUAGAGAACAUAUUUGCUGGAAAUUCGUCAGAAGAUGAGCUCCGUUAUACCUGGAUAGAACGUAGGAAAGCUGUAGGUCCGAAGGUGAGGGAUCUGUUCCAGGAGUAUGUACAGCUUGUCAACGAAGCUGCCCAAAAGAAUGGAUAUGAUGAUGCUUCUGAGUAUUACUUACGAGAACACACAGAUCCUGAUAUAAAGAAGAAACUCAAACAUUACAAUCGACGCUUGAGGUCUUUAUAUGAACAGCUACAUGCUUACGUUAGAUUCAAACUGAGGAAAAAGUACGGGAACUCUACCUCUGAAAUUGGGUCUAUACCUGCUCACUUAUUAGGUGAUCUCACAGCUCAAAAAUGGAGUGGUAUUGCGCAAGUCACUCUACCUUACCCAGAGCCAUACGAAAACUUCGAUAAUCUGAAACAACAGAAUUAUACUGUAACUGAUAUUGCCAGGUUAGCGGAAGAUUUCUAUAAGUCAUUGAAUUUGAGCAAAAUGCCCAAUUCGUUUUGGAGAAAGUCAGUGUUUCAAAAGCUCACUGAUACGAACAUGACUUGUAACCCUAGCGCAUGGGAUUUUUAUGACGGACAGAAUUUUAGGUUGAAAACAUGUCUGAAAACUGAUAGAGAAGGAUAUGAAACCUUACAUCAUUGGAUGGGACAUAUACAAUACUUCUUGCAAUAUCAAGGAUUAGAUAUCAAAUUGAGAAAUGCUGCAACUGAUGCCCUGUUUGACAGUGUAGGAGGUGCUUUUUCACUUGCUGCAUUCUCUUUAAAGCACUUGAAGAGGGUAGGACUAUACCGUGGAGAAAUAAGCACAAAAGCUGACAUAAACAACUUAUACACAGUAAGUGAAUAAUAGCACGUAAUUCUUCGUUUAUGUGUCUUGCUUGCUAUCUUUCUCGAACGCGCACAAAUAUGGGGUCGUAAAGAUUCUAUGCCUAUCCUGUAUAAGUAUGUUUUAGUACGAGAUCUAUUUUAGCUAGCUAUGUCUAAAAUAGUAUCAGUCCCUGCGACAUACGCAAUUCUGAAAUGGAAAGACAAGAUCCUUUCUGGUGAAGUAAAGUCUGAAGAUUAUAAUUCAGAGUGGUGGAAGUUGGUUUUAAAAUAUCAAGGAGUUCAACCACCAGUUCCAAGAUUUGAAGAUGAUUUUGAUCCAGGAAAUAUUUUUGAAAUAAUAUCCGGAGAAUCAAUUUGGAAGAAGUUUACCUCCCUGAUACUCCAGUUUCAAAUUUUCAGACAACUUUGUGAAACGGACAGAGAGUUCCAGAUCUUUGAUAAAGCCAGUCAGCUUCACACUUGUGAUAUUUAUCAAAGUGUUAAAGCUGGAGCAGCUCUUAGGACAAUGAUGGCCUAUGGUAAAAAGAAACCUUGGGGAUAUGUUAUGAAGCACUUUUUAUCUUACGGUCGUUUGUUCGAUGAACUGAACCCGGUUCCAAUGCUCGAAUACUUUCAACCAUUAUACGAGUGGCUUGAGAAGGAAAAUCAGAAAAAUGGAGUAUUCGUUGGAUGGAUACUUUAGAACGUGCGUAGAAUAUCAGUAGGCGGAUUCUGUCGAUGGUAAAAAAAAAUUAUUCAAGACCACAUUCCACUAGUAUGAUUAGAGAUGCUUGAUAUUUUUAGAAACUGCUUUACUUGACUUGAAAAUAAAAUUACUUGAAACUUCAA